AUGGGCCCUCACCUGCUCCUGCUGCUGCUCCUGGGCCUGGAAGGUCGGGGCUUGGCUGGCAGCCACCCCGAGGUGCUGCAGGCCCCCGUGGGGAGCUCCAUUCGGGUGCAGUGCCGCUACCGGCCUCAGGAUGUCAAGGCUCGCAAGGUGUGGUGCCGGGUCUCGCCAGAGGGGUGCCAGCCCCUGGUGUCCUCAGGCGUGGAUCGCACAGCCCCAGGGAGCAGGCACACCUUUCUCACCGACCUGGGUGGGGGCCUGCUGCAGGUGGAAAUGGUCUCCCUGCAGGAGGAGGAUGCGGGGGAGUACGGCUGCGUGGUGCACGGAGCCGCCGGGCCCCAGACUGUGCACAGAGUCUCUCUGGAGGUGCUCCCUCCAGAGAUGGAGGAAGAGACACAUAAGAUGGGCAGCCGGGCUGAGGACCCCUUCUCAGGCCCUGCAGGCAGUGCCAGCCCUUCAGAACCCAGCCAGGAUGAGAAGAGCAUCCCCUUGAUCUGGGGUGCCGUGCUCCUGUUGGGCCUGCUGGUGGCGGCAGUGGUGCUGUUUACUGUGAUGGCCAAAAGGAAAGGGAACAGGCUUGGUGUCUGUGGCCGAUUCCAGAGCAGCAGAGUUUCAGGCAUGGGCCCCUCUUCAGUGGUCCACCACAUCAGUGACUCUGGACUGGCUGCUGAAUUGCCUUUGGAUGUACCACAUGUUAGGCUUGACUCGCCACCUUCCUUUGACAAUACCACUUAUACCAGUUUACCUCUUGAUCCUCCAUCAGGGAAACCUCCACCCCCACCCCCACCCUCAUUGCCCCCUCUGCCUCCCAAGGUCCUAAUCUCCUCCAAGCCUGUAACAUAUGCCACGGUCAUCUUCCCAGGAGGGGACAAGGGUGGAGAGGCCUCCUGUGAGCCAGCCCAGGAUCCACCUGACAGUCAAACUGCAUCCAGCUAA